AACAUAACCUAAGAAAAUAUAAUCAUAGACCAAAUAACCCUACUUUUCGGUCCUGUUUUCAAGAAUUUUAAUUAGUCGUUUAUUUUAAUUAAAAUGCCCCAGGGUAGAAGGAAAACUCCUUUUAGUGGAAGAAAAAAAAGGGAACAAUUAAAAGCUAAAAAGCUAGCGAAACUAGAAAAAGACGGUAAGUUGAGUUGUGUGGGUUUACAAGUUGUAUGUUUAAGCUGCCUAAUAUUAUACUUUUGCUUUUAUAUUUCUUCCAAAGAUGAUACAGACGAAGAAGAAUAUAAUCACGCUACCCAGAAGAUAAAUUACCAAGCUGGAGGAGCUACAAGAAGUGACACUAAUCGAUAUGCUCUAGAAUUUUUCAAAGAGGCCAAUGAAGAAAUUAAGCUUCGAAAAGAAGAAGCAAGAAGAUCUCUAGAGAAAGUUCCUGAAGAACAACUUGAAAUCGAUAUCGAUAACUAUUUCCCCAAAGGAUUAGAUUUUCCAAAGCGGCCUCCAUGGUCAUAUGAAUUAGCAAAAGAGGUGUUAGAUACUAGAGAAAACAGAUAUUUUACUGAAUAUGUUAACACAUUGCAAAAUAAAUUUGGCCCAAAAGAGCUAAGUUACUUUGAAUUAAACUUGGAAACUUGGAGACAACUUUGGAGAGUUUUAGAAAUGUCCGAUAUUGUUUUGGUUAUAGUAGACAUCAGAUUUGCUGCACUAAUGUUUCCACCUUCACUUUAUGAUUACGUAUCAAAUACUCUACAUAAAGACAUCAUAGUUGUACUAAAUAAGAUAGAUUUGGCACCUGCACCACUUGUGGCAGCUUGGAAAUACUAUUUUACAGAAAAAUUUCCCCAUUUACACAUUAUUAUGUUUACCUCUAUGCCAGGAUAUAAUUUAAUUGGCACAUCUUCGGAUAAAGGGGGUUUGCAAGUUCGUAGACGUAGAGGGAAAAUACGAAUGGCAGCAGAAGGCACGCAAAUGUUAUUUGAAACAUGUAAAAAAAUUGUUGGCGAAGAUGUGGACUUGACUUCAUGGCAACAAAAAAUUAAAGAAGAAAUGAAUCAGGAAAAUAAUGAAGAAGAGGAUAAAAUAGAAGUUGGAGAAACCAUUGAGUUAAAAAAAGUCGACACAAGCUAUUUUGAACAUGAAAAAUACAAAAAUAGUAUUUUAACGAUUGGCUGUAUAGGACAACCUAACGUAGGAAAGUCAUCAUUAAUGAAUGCCAUAAUGGGAAAGAAAGUUGUAAGCGUUUCAAAGACUCCUGGUCACACAAAACAUUUUCAGACAAUAUUUUUAACGCCCAAUGUUCGUUUGUGUGAUUGUCCUGGUCUAGUUUUCCCUUCAAAGGUGCCAAAGCCUUUGCAAGUGUUAAUGGGAAGUUUCCCUAUAGCCCAACUAAGAGAACCAUAUACAUCUGUAAAAUUUUUGGCGGAACGUUUAGACCUUCCAAAAUUGUUAAGGAUAGACCAUCCUGAGAAUGACGACACCUGGUCAGCAAUGGAUGUGUGUGAUGGAUGGGCAAAGAAAAGAGGCUUUUUUACUGCCAAGGCGGCAAGAUUGGAUACUUACAGGGCCGCUAAUAAUUUAUUAAGAAUGGCAUUGGAUGGCAAAAUAUGUUUAUGUCUAAGGCCCAAAAAUUACUCAAAAAGGAAGGAUUAUUGGGCAUCACAUCCUGAUGUCCAAACUAUCAAAUGGAUUCAAAGCAGGACUCAAGAGAGUGAGACUCCAGAAAUAUCAGAAGUAGUGAGUCAAUCAGAUGAUUCUGACGAUGACGCUAAGUCCACCAAAGGAGAAACAUUCAAAGAGUUCAAAAAUUAUAAUAAAAAAUCAGAAGAUAAUACCGAUAGUGAUGAUGAAGGUGAAGAAACUGGUGAUGAUUCUGAUGAUGUUACAAUGAAAUCCAACAAGUUUUCAGUAUUACAAGAUCUUUAAUCAGUAAGUUUGUUAAUGUCAUGUCUAUAAUUAAAUGUAUAAGAGGAUGUAAUUUGUUUCAUGCAGUUGAAUUAAUGUGUUAUUUUUGCCAAACGUUACAGUUUAUUAAAAUUAACAUUACAAUUA